AGGUUGACUUGGUAAAAGUUGCAACCAUAAACAAACACAACUCAAGUGUAGCAAAUCAAAUGUGUUCAUGUAGCUUCACUCCAACUAACAACCGACUCCUUUUUUCCUCUGUGUUCACAAAUCACAACCAAGAUUAGUGCGUGUUGAUUAUGUGUGUAACGCUGUGUGCUUUCACAAUCACAUACUAAUGUCUCGAGAAUUCGACUUUUGAGUCUGGCAAGCUUCCCACACACGGCACCAACAAGACUCAACCAUCAUUGUCUUUAUCUAGAGAGAGAGAGAGAGAGAGAGAGAGAGGGUCGAAAUUUACAGGAAGUGUGGGAGAAAGCUCGAAUUGUGGAAAAAUUAAUGGAAAGCACACUUGGCGUUAAAGAAAAGUUUGCAUUCUUCGAGAUGUGUUAGAGAAGUGGGAUUCUGCUGAAUCAAGAAUUUGUUUUUUUGGAACUGCGAUCGUUCGACUGGAGUGAAGUACCAGUGAAACAUGACUACUCAAGGGAAUGUACAAAUUCGAUUUGUUAAAUGCCCGAGGUGCCGAAAGAUUCUACCAGAGUUGCCAGAGCUUCGAAUGUACAAGUGCGGAGGGUGUGGCAUUACUCUACAAGCUAAACAACGAAAACCAGAGACUAACCACACUGAAUUACCCUCACAAGAAACAGAUUCUGCAGACGAAGACCGGAAGGAUAAUGUUUUAGGAGAGACGGAAGACAGAAGCUCAAACGUUGAAUCUUCGCCAGAUGAAGGCGAGAUACGGCGUCAAGAUGAUUGUGACGGCUCUGUGGUACUCUCUCACAACAGAGGUGCCUCUGAUGGUCUUUCUGGCUCACCCGACAUUACUAGUCCUAGGAGUGAAGGUUCUCCCUCAGAAGUUGAACAAUCUUGUAAAAACAAUGCGUUGGGCAGAAACCCUGAAACAUAUCGAGGCAAAUCUGAAGAUGAAUGUGAUGACUCUGUGGAACUCCCUCAUUACAGAGGUGCCUCUGAUGGUAUUUCUGGCUGUGAAACUUCUCCCUCGGAAGUUCAAGAAUCAUUGGAAGACAACCCUUUAGUUGGAAGCCCUCAAAAAUAUCGAAGCAAAUCUGAUGACCAUGAGGAGUGGAUUGCAGGUUCGAACUCUUUGGACGAACUGCCUAGCUCGGGAGAGAUCAGUCUUGAGGGUGAAGUAUGUACCCCGGAAGCCAGUGAAUAUGUGGAGCAACACAACCCGAGCCACAUGCAUCUAGAACACAUGGAAGACGGAGAAUCACAGCGAGUGUGGCCAAAAGGUGACAACCUUGUUGAUGAAGUCCAGAAUUUGGCUAAACAUGAAGAUCAAGAGAGUGACUUGCCGGAGAGUAAUGAGGCAAACAAUGUUGUACCAGAAAAUGAAGGAAUGACUCGGACCAACUUAACCGAUCAAAAUGGAGAUUCUAGUGGCGAAAUUAAGCAUGUCGGACCAAUUUCACCAUCUGAGAUGAUUUCUCAUGAAAUUGGCAUCACAUCAUCAGCAGCUGAUGAUGGCUCCAAAGGUCUUCCUGUUUCUACAAGCCCGAGCACUGAGAAGAGCACAAGUCCAAAAGCCAGUGAUUCUAUUCAUGCCCCUCAGAGCCCCUCAAAAGGGAGCCUCGUGUCAUUCUAUCUUACGUCUGAUGAUGAACAGCUCUUUUAUUCUCCAAGGGAAUUUGCUCAUAAGUUUGAGAGAUUUAGCUCUAUGGACACACUGGGAAGUUCACAUCUCGGUGAACAUAGCUCCGAGCUCAACGUUACACAUGGAUCCACGGCUUAUCAUCCGAGAAGCAGGAGCUACUAUGCUUAUGAUGGUAGUGAAUCUUCUUACGAUGGAAAUGAUGAUCAAGUCCGCAAACAUGUUUCACAUCCCUCCAGAAAAGACAAGGAUAUGAGACACAUCAGAACCAGAGAAGAGCUCAGAAAGAGUGGAUUUAGUGGGAAUAACAUGGUGCAGAGUGAAGCAGAGAGGACUUAUCGGGCAACAAGUCCCUUGCGUCGUGAAAUGCACCGCCCUUGGAACCGAGGUAAAUCUACUGAGGCCAAUAGGUGCAGUGACCGGAAUAGGAUGAGACUCGAUGCACAGGAAGAUGUCUCGAGAUUACCGUUCCCUUCAAGAGAUCACACUGCUGGCUGCAGAACUGCAGGCGUUUCAGUUCGUCGGCUCAAUUUGCUACCACCCCAUCCAGCUUUCAACUUAUCAGACAAGUCGUCGUACUCGGAUCCGGAGAAAAUCGACCUGUUGAGAACAGUACAUCAUCUGAAGGAUCAGCUUGAGAGGAUGCAUUUCAAUGCUCUUCCCUGCAGUCUCUUAGCAGCUGAAAGGGAAGUGUAUGCAGAUGUGAGUCGUUCAGGUCCAUGUAACCGACGACACGAGCAUGCCAAAGGCUAUGGUGAAAGAUACAACGAGCGAAGAAUGGCUUUUUCCGGAGAGGCUGCACAUUUUCGACACCAAGCUAGCUGCUCUUGUGUGCACUGCAGUCCACGAGAUUGGCAUUACCGUAGAAAUGGUCACCAUGCGAUCCCCUCUGAUCAUAAUUGCUACGAUAGCUCCAACUCCCUGAGUCCCCACCACUAUGCAAGCUCUGAGCCCUCGCCAUGGGGCCGUGAGACGAAGCCUGACACCCACAGGCUUGAUGAGAUGAAACGGUUACACUUAAGGGAGAAAUACAGCACGGCCAAGAGACAUCUCCUACCCAUAGCUGGUGGAGCCCCAGUUAUUGUUUGUUAUCAUUGUUCAGAACUGCUCCAGCUGCCACUGGACUUUCUCCUAUUCAAGAAAAGGUAUCAUCAGCUGAUGUGCAAUGCUUGUAGGAAGAUUUUGAAGUUCUCGCUCCUAAAGGGAACUCGUCUUGUUCCAUACGUUGCUGAUACUUGUGCACCUCCCCCCAGUGAGGCCGAUGACUACAAUGAUGCUAAUGGCCGAAGAAAUCUGGAACCGGCAUCUCACCCUAGCUCCUGCCAACAUGUUGAAUCUGUGUCAUGCUCUGAUGAUUACGGGCGAUCAUUCUGUAGAAGCUGCUCUACGGAGGGAGAUGCGCCUGCCUCCUUACCUUCACUUGGUCAAGUCAAGAGAGACUCUUACAAUAGAAAGAUGUCGUCUGGCAAUUCUUAUGUAGAUGAGAAGCUGAAGGGCAUCUCAAAGGAAUCUGUUGGAUCAGUUGGCCCUUCAUCAAGAACGGUGACUUGGAGAAACGUAACUACCUCAGCCUCGGAGAUAGAAGAGCUGCCGCCAUUAUCAAAUUCUCCACUACAUCGACUAAUGGGGUAUUCGACACCUAGCCAAGUGUUCAAGAGAUGAUCCCAAAACAAGAAGUGGUCAUCCAAACUCAGCACGACGAAGGACUCCUUGAAUUCUUGGCCGUGUUUCUUUGAGUGAACGAAGCAGAAACGACGUAUACAGCAAGAAUACGAAGCACGAGCUAGGGGUACCAAUGAUUUGGUAGGAAUUAAGAGCAAAUGGUGAGUAUGAGCUGCAGUGCUGGUGACUGAGAGAACAUCGUGUGUAUUGUUUCUUGUAAUCUGUAUUGUGUCUGUACGGUUUCCUGCAGCUAUAUAGUAGUAUAGUGUGUUUGAGUCAUAGUAUAGAUAUAAAGCUGGAGGGAUUUUAUGUGUACAUAUUUGUCUCUAAUAGCAUAUUGCAUUAUUUAUUUA